UAUGGCAUGUUUUGGCUGUCUCUGUAACCGGAAUCCUUGAAUGAUCAGAGAGAGUUCGUGGUUGAGAUUGCGAGCAUUUCAAAUGGGUUGAGUUAGUUUAGUCUCAGUGUGCUGUUUGUGUAUGUUACUGUAUUGAAUAGUUUUGAGAGAGAGCCAGUAGAAUAUAAUAUGACUGUCCAUCACGAGUCGGAGCCUAAGCUGUACCGCUACAGCAGGAUAGUGUGCGGAGUGUCCACUCAUGUGCUGUGCGCGGUGUUCACUGGCUUCAUCACGGUCCUCGCCAAACCUGGAUCCAGUCUGUUCUCAUGGCAUCCGUUCCUGAUGACUCUUGGUUUUUCCUUUUUCAUGACUGAAGCCGUUCUACUGUUCAACCCCUACUCGUCUCCCGUCAGGAAGUUAAAGCACAAAACUAAAGGCCGCCUGCACUGGAUCCUGCAGUGUCUGUGCGUGUGUUGCGCGACCGCGGGCCUGAGCGCCAUCUUUUACAACAAGAACCUCAACGACAAGCCACACUUCACGUCCUGGCACGGGUUGGUCGGUGUGAUAACGGUGUCUGUCGUCGGGCUGCAGUCGCUCGGAGGACUUCCCCUCCUUUACCCCAAACUGACCAAAGGCUGGUCGCUGGCCAAACUGAAGCGCUACCACGCCACCUCUGGUUUACUCACGUACCUGCUGGGCAGCCUCAGCUUGUUUCUCGGACUGUGCUCUUCGUGGUUCAGUGCCAGUGUGAGCGGGUACUUCUGGUACCUGGCCGUCCUCUGCCCGGUUCUGUGCGCUCUGGUCGUUAUGAGUCAGGUAACGAACGCUUACAUGGCUCGGAAACGAAUGCAGUACUGAAACAGACAUUCAAGGUUUCUAAUUAGGGUUAUCUGAUACACAGACAUUGUGAACCUGAAUUGCGUGUUGCGGCUCAGCUGCAUGACAGAGAUGAUGUGAUUGCUUUGUAACUACUUGUAAAUUUACAUUAUUGCUAUAUAGACUGACCAAAAUAAAUGUAUUUUUGGAUAAGUUUUA